AUGGCACCGAAGAAUGGUCGUGGCAAGACUAAAGGUGACAAGAAGAAGAAGGAAGAGAAGGUUCUUCCUGUUGUAAUGGACAUAAGAGUGAACCUUCCAGAUGAGACUCAUGUUGUUCUCAAGGGAAUUUCAACGGAUAGGAUUAUAGAUGUUCGCCGAUUGCUCUCCGUCAACACCCUUACUUGCCAUUUUACCAAUUUUUCACUGUCCCAUGAGGUGAGAGGCCCACAGUUGAAAGACACCGUAGACGUUUCCGCAUUAAAGCCUUGUGUUAUCACGCUUGUAGAAGAGGAUUACGAUGACCAGCGCGCCACGUCGCACGUGAGAAGGCUACUGGACGUUGUUGCAUGUACCUCGUGUUUCGGGCCGUCGUCCACGGCGGCGGCGCCGUCCGCCUCCAAGGACACGACGACGAAAGGCGAGAAAAAUGCUCGGGACUCCAAGUCGUCGAAGAAAUCAAGCAAGUCUCGGGGAAACGGCAAACAGCAGUCUUCUUCGCCACCGCCAACCCCGACUCCGGCGCAGGGGCCGGCGGCUUCUCCUACUUCGCCGGCGUCCAAAGAUAGCGGCGCGAUCGACAUUGAAGGGGAAACCAACAGCUCUUGCCCUAAGCUUGGCAGCUUUUACGAGUUCUUCUCUCUUUCUCAUCUCACGCCCCCUCUUCAAUUUAUUCGGAAAGGAACAAGACAGGUGGAUAACGAUGAUGCUAAUUCAGGAAACGAUUUCAUUUUCUCUCUUGAAGUAAAGCUCUGCAAUGGGAAGCUGAUUAUAGUGGAAGCUCUGAGAAAGGGGUUCUGUAGCAAGGGGAAGCAGCAGAUUCUCUGUCACAACCUUGUUGAUUUGCUAAGGCAACUUAGUAGAGCUUUCGACAAUGCCUAUGGUGAUCUAAUAAAAGCAUUUUCUGAGAGAAACAAGUUUGGAAAUCUUCCCUAUGGCUUCAGAGCCAACACAUGGCUUAUUCCCCCUGUAGCUGCACUGUCACCAUCUGUUUUUCCACCACUUCCUGUUGAGGAUGAAAAGUGGGGAGGAAAUGGAGGAGGUCUAGGUAGAGAUGGCAACUGUGAUUUGCUACCGUAUGCUGAUGAAUUUUUGUUUCUUGCUUCGAUGCCAUGUAAGACAGCAGAGGAAAGGCAGAUUCGAGAUAGAAAAGCUUUUCUUCUUCAUAGUUUGUUUGUGGAUGUUGCCAUUUUUAGAGCAAUUUCCACCAUACAACAUGUAAUGCACAGACUAGAAGUGGCUCAUUCUUCUCCAAACAUUGACAUUCCACACACAGAGAGAAUAGGGGAUUUAUGCAUAUCGGUCAUUCGAGAUUCUUCCCAUGCUAGUUGCAAAAUAGAUACGAAAAUUGAUGGAACUGAGGCCACUGAUGUAUCUUCGCAGAAGUUAGUUGAAAGAAACCUGCUGAAGGGAAUAACAGCAGAUGAAAAUACAGCUGCCCAUGACAUUGCCACUCUAGGUGUUGUCAACGUAAAGUAUUGUGGUUAUAUCGCAACUGUAAAAGUACGUGGGGCUACAGAUAGUAAGGUUGGUCCACCAGUUCAAAAAAUUGAACUUCUUGAUCAGCCUGAAGGUGGGGCUAAUGCUCUCAACAUCAACAGUUUGCGAUUUCUCCUCCACGACAAGGCAGCUUUGGAGCAAAAUAAGAAUAUAUCAGGUUCUCAUAGUUCAGAAAAUGAAAAUCUUAGUUCUUCUCAAGCUUUUGUUGAGAGACUUCUGGAAGAGAGUCUCGUAAAGCUUCAGGAAGAAGAAGUGGAAAAGGAAACCUACAUCAGAUGGGAACUUGGAGCUUGCUGGAUACAGCACUUGCAGGAUCAGAAGAAAACAGAGAAAGAAAAGAAACCAUCCGGCGAAAAGGCGAAGAAUGAAAUGAAGGUUGAGGGACUUGGAGUAAAUCUAAAAUCUCUUAAGAAAAAGAAAAAUUCUGAUGGAAUCAAUUUGGAAACACAAUCUGAAAAAGUCAUGUCUGUUGGAGAGGACAGUGCUGCGGAAUCGGAAAAGACAAUGUCAUUGACAGAAUCGCAGUCUAAUAAAGAAGCCAACGAAAAUGAGCUUAUGUUGAAAACCGUAUUAUCGGAGUCAGCUUUCUCUAGGUUAAAGGAUUCUGAGACUGGGCUUCAUAGUAAGUCAAUUGAUGAGCUGAUUGGCUUAUCGGAGAAAUAUUACUCUGAAGUUGCUCUUCCUAAGCUGGUUGCCGAUUUUGGAUCUUUAGAACUCUCACCAGUUGAUGGUCGGACUUUGACUGAUUUCAUGCAUACCAGAGGCCUUAGGAUGCGCUCCCUUGGACAAGUUGUUAAGCUUUCAGAAAAAUUAUCCCAUGUGCAAUCUCUCUGUAUACAUGAAAUGAUUACACGGGCGUUCAAGCAUAUUUUACAGGCAGUCAUUGCUGCUGUUGUUGAGACUACCAACAUGUCUGCUGCUAUUGCUGCUGCAUUAAAUAUGAUGCUUGGUGUACCAGAAAACACCAAAUCAAAUGACUUUUGUGGUGUGCAUGACCUAGUAUGGAGAUGGUUGGAAGUUUUUCUGAAGAAGAGGUUUGACUGGGACCUUACCAGCUCAAACUACAAAGAUGUCAGAAAAUUUGCGAUUCUUCGUGGUUUAUGCCACAAGGUGGGUAUUGAGCUUGUUCCAAGAGACUUUGAUAUGAACUCUCCAAAUCCUUUCCGGAAAGUAGACAUUGUGAGCCUUGUUCCGGUGCACAAGCAAGCUGCAUGCUCUUCUGCCGAUGGACGACAACUUCUUGAAUCAUCAAAAACAGCUCUUGAUAAGGGAAAACUUGAGGAUGCUGUGAGCUACGGGACCAAGGCACUGGCAAAGCUGGUAGCAGUAUGUGGUCCCUAUCAUCGUAUGACCGCAGGGGCUUACAGUCUUCUUGCGGUAGUUCUGUAUCACACUGGAGAUUUCAAUCAGGCGACCAUCUAUCAGCAAAAGGCCCUGGAUAUUAAUGAACGAGAACUAGGACUUGAUCAUCCAGAUACCAUGAAAAGCUAUGGAGAUCUUGCUGUGUUCUAUUAUCGACUUCAACACACAGAGCUGGCUCUCAAGUAUGUCAAGAGAGCUCUGUAUUUAUUACAUCUCACUUGUGGUCCAUCCCAUCCAAAUACUGCUGCAACAUACAUAAAUGUUGCAAUGAUGGAGGAAGGACUGGGCAAUGUCCAUGUUGCACUCAGGUAUCUCCACAAAGCACUAAAGUGCAACCAGAGGCUACUUGGUCCAGACCACAUUCAGACAGCAGCAAGUUAUCAUGCCAUUGCAAUUGCACUUUCUUUGAUGGAAGCAUAUCCUUUGAGUGUGCAACAUGAACAAACAACCUUGCAAAUUCUACGUGCAAAGCUGGGUCCAGAUGACCUACGCACACAGGAUGCUGCUGCAUGGCUUGAGUACUUUGAAUCUAAGGCUUUUGAGCAACAAGAAGCUGCUAGAAAUGGUACCCGUAAACCCGAUGCAUCGAUUGCCAGCAAGGGGCACCUCAGUGUCUCAGAUUUGCUUGACUACAUUAAUCCAAGCCACGCCGGUAGCGGGAAAGAUGAUGUGGGAGCAAAGAAGAAAAAGUAUCUUACAAAGAUGAGGGGAAAAUCUUUCCAGACCGAUAUGGCGUUAUCUACAGCUGAGGUGACUCAUAAAGGAGAUCAGAAAGAAGCAUCAGAUGAGGAAGACAGAGAAGUUAAUGAUACCGAAAGUGCUCCCGAAGCAAAUUCUGAAUCAUCAUCCACUCACCCAGUUGAUACCAAGCAAAAUGUGGACGAUGUAUCUAAUGAUGGGACAAGACCUGAAUCAAGAGGAUCUGAAACAGAAAGCAAGAAUCUUCUCGUUGCUGAUGCUGCUUCUGGAAUUGUCUCUUCUGAAAUACCCGCUGAAGGCGAUGAUGGAUGGCAGCCUGUUCAACGGCCCAGAUCAGCAGGUUCAUAUGGGCGUAGAUUGAGGCAGCGAAGGCCAACCAAAGUGUUUGGUUAUUCAAGAAAAGACGAUGUUUCUGAAGUGGAGCACAAUAGACUUAAGAACAACUUUCAAGGCAGUAGAUAUUACCUUGUCAAGAGGCGCGGAACGUCUCCAGGAAGUUAUGCAGAUUAUUAUGUAGCAAAGAGCCAGCCAAGCAAUAAAUUCGGGAGGAGGGUUGUCAGAUCUGUAGCAUACAGGGUUAAAUCUGUCCCUUCAUCUGCCAAGGAUAACGUUAGUGGAGGCGAAUCAUCCACGCCAACUCCAGAUCAUGGAUUUGUUUCUAUGCCAACCGAGGUUGGACUAAUACCUAGGAAAAGUUCGAUAGUAAACCUGGGUAGAUCUCCUUCUUACAAGGAAGUGGCAUUGGCUCCACCAGGUAGUAUACCUUCAUUGCAGGCUAAAGUUUUCCAGAAUGAGCCUUCAAAUGAUGAUGAAGCUGCUCAGGAAAGUGGGGAGAAAGAUAGUAUGACCAGAAUAGAGAAUGAUACACAAAAUAAUCCUGUGGAUGUAGAGUACGAUUUAAAAGAUGAUACAGUAGCAGCCAGUAUGGAGGACGAUACAACUCUUCCCAAUGAUCUAAUAGAUAAUAAAGAUUCUGAAACUGAGCCUGCAGACGUGAAAACAGAGCAAUCCGGCGUUCUUAAUGUUGAUCAAAUGGAAGAAGAAAGUUCACUGCAGACUGAUGUCAGGUCACAUUUCGUUAAUUCCACUGAAGUAAAUCAGUUUGAGGACACACAACAACCAUUUGGCGUGGGAAAUAGUAUGAUCUCCACCUUGCAUGGGGCUGAUGAUCAACGUGUGCAACCUACAGUCUCUGGUUCUACUGACAGUCGAGAUUUGUCUAUUAAGAAGUUGUCUGCUUCAGCUGCUCCGUUCAAUCCCUCCCCUGCUGUUGCACGCAUUGCACCAUUGCCGGCUAUGAAUAUUAACCUCCCUUCUGGUCCAGGAGCUGUUUGCCCUUGGCCAAUGAACGUCCCUCUUCAUCCAGGGCCCGGAACUGUCUUGCAUAGUCCAAUUGGCUCGUCUCCUCACCAUCCUUACCCAUCGCCUCCCCCAACGCCCAACAUGAUGCACCCAUUGCCAUUUAUGUACCCUCCAUACACUCAAGCUCCAUCAUUGCCACCGACCUCCUUCCCUAUGACCAGUGGCCCAUAUCAUCCCAGCCAUUUUGCAUGGCAGCGCAGUCUGAGCCCGAGUGCAUCAGAUUACAUUCAUGGACCUGUUUGGCCUGGCUGCCACCCAGUAGAAUUUACCGUUUCACAACCCAUAGUUGAGCCAUUAACUGAUUCAACAGUCGAACCAAAGAAGGAGCCAGAUAAUUCUGAGGGUCUGAGUUUGGGAUCAGAAUUGCCAGUGGAUCUCAAUUCCGGUGAUGAGGAUAAAAAAGAAUUAAGAUUACCGGCAUCUGAGGCAGUUGAGACCUUCAGUGAAAUCACCUCAAACGUAUCAAGUGUUCCAUUUCCUGGGAACCAAUCGGCAGGCAGUCAACAAGAAUCACGUAGACAGGUGCAAAAGGAUGAUAAUGAGAAAACAUUUAAUAUUCUGAUAAGGGGUAGAAGGAAUAGAAAGCAGACUCUCAGAAUGCCAAUCAGUUUGCUCAAGAAACCUUAUAGUUCACAACCUUUCAAAGUUGUGUAUAGCAGAGUUAUCAGGGAAACUGAAGUUCCAAAAUCGGUGAGAUUUGCUUCAGAUGAUACUACUACAACAGCAACUGAAACCUAA